AUGAAAGUCUCGGCGGUGACUGCACUCUUGGCUGGCUGGACGACUGCAUCCUCGGCACAGUUCCACAUCCGCUGCCAGAACACCAUCGGCGGCCCCUGCGGCGACAGCUCUCGCUCCCGAGAGAUCAACUGCUGCGACUACGGCUACUGCCAGCCGUGGAACUCGGGCUACUAUCAAUGUCUCGACAAGCCGGAGCUCUGUCCCGACCAAGAGACCGACAUCGACUACUACGGGAACGACCUCGAGGCCAUCCGCGGGGUGCGACCGGAUGAGUGCUGCGAUAGGUGCGCGAGCACCAGCGGGUGUGCCGCCUACACCUUCGUGAAUGAGAACCCGGACGGCAUCACCUCGUGCUACCUCAAGUCUUCGACUGCCGGGCGCGUAGAGAAGAAGGGAGCUGUAUCCGCCACCUACAAGGACUUUGUGCCUUCCAACGACACCUGCACUGCGAAGCUCUGGGACGGCUGCGGCAACUCAAACGCCGGUACGACCUGCUGCCCGGACGACACGUACUGCCAGCCGUGGAACGCUGGCUACUACCAGUGCAUCGACAAACCGGACCAGUGCCCUGACCAAGAGACCAACAUCGACUACAACGGCAACGACCUCAAGACCAUCUUCGGUAUUCAACCGGACGAGUGUUGCAAUUGGUGCGCGAGCACCAGCGGAUGUGCUGCCUACACCUUCGUGAACGAGAACCCCGACGGCAAGACCGCGUGCUACCUCAAGUCUUCAACGGCGGGGCGAAUCGCGAAGAAAGGUGCAGUGUCGGCCGCCUACAAGGACUUUGUCGAGCCUUUGUGCCCUGCGAAGGUGGGAGACUCGUGUGGCAAUGCCAACAGUGGAUCGGGUUGCUGCCCGGAUGGCGCCUUCUGCCAGCCGUGGAAUCCUGGCUACUACCAUGUGAAGAAGGGAUUGCUGCCCGAUUCGUGCUGCGACGCGUGCAUUAAGGACUCGGACUGCUUCGCUUUCACGUUCGUGAACAAGAACAACGACGGCCAGAGCGAGUGCUACCUCAAGACUGGCAGCGGCACUCGCCAGUACAAUGCGGCUGCGAUCUCGGCCUUCAAGGUCGUGGCAGUGGAGUAA